UACCGUAUAUGUUUAGAGCGAGGGGGGUAAAAUGCAGAUUUCCGGCUACACGACACGAAACCCCUCUUUGUUCUCUCAGACGAAGAAGGAAGUCGAAGUUUAAGAACGGUUAUUAUUGGUUAAGCAAACAACAAGUAGUGGUGUUUCAGCUACCAUGGAUGAUAAAUGGAUAGACUAUUACUUUGAAAGCUUAAGUCUUAGAAUUGCACAUGAUGGUUCCCCAAAACAACUUAUAUAUCCAAGAUCUGUAAUCAAGGAACCAUCAAUAGAUUUAGAGUCCUCACUUAAGAUGUUUUUCCAAAAAGCAGCAUGUGUUGCAGAUGACUGGACGGAUGUCAACACAAAGUACGGUGACAGGAGGUCAUUCCCUAGGUUUCUUCGGCUGUUGGAAACAUCUGGCCUGGAAAAGUAUGCAUCCAAUGAGGAUAAUGACAUCAAUGAUAUUAGUUACCAGCCGAAUAGAUGGUUGUCUCUUCAGGCGUCGACAGAUGAUGUGGUUAUUGCAGAUAAAUACUAUGAUGGAAGCUUGUCAUUGAAGCAACUUUUGCAAAGAAUUUGUCCAGAAUCUGGCGAUGAUUUCAGGCGAAAGCAGGCUGGGUUGUUGGAGUCUUUCCUCGAUCACCUCAUCAAGGUACAACAGGAGCAGCGGGUUGUUGCAUAUAGUUUCUUUGAGCAUCUGGAACAAUUGCGAGAGUCUGUUGCAGUUGCAUUUUUUUCCGAUACUGUUGACAGUGAUGGAGAUAGGCACAAAUGUCUUGAUAUCCUUUGCGAGCACUCCAGGGUCUCGUGUUUGUGGAAACAAAAGCACCUACUCGAUAAUCUGUGUUUCAUGUCACGUGGAUCAGCUUGGUUGUUGAAGCAACUCAAGGAUUCCCGUUUUACUAGUCCCUCAUCUAUCAAGGAGUCCAACAAGAUUCUUGACAUCCUCUUGGAAUUUAUUUCAAAAUUCAAGAAAUCAAAGGAAUCGUUGGAUCAGUAUCUUCUCGAUGAUGAAUGUUGCCCCACUAAUGUUGCCCUGACUCAUUUGGUUGCGUGUAAUAAUGAAAUAUUAGAUAGUUUUAGAGAGCGCUUAAAAAAUCUCCAGGAGCAAGGCGUUGAAAGAAAAUCUGUCGCGGAAACGCUGCUUGGAUGUUUUGUAGAUGUAGUCAAUAUGAAGUACAACCGUGCUGAGCGAGGCAAUCCGUCCAGAAACACCUGUUCUUCCCUUCGACGUGCGUUUUCUGAGGCAGCCAAGGAAACAUCAGAGAUGAUAAAUGAAGCAGUAGAGAAACUAAAUUCAGUCAGGGGUUCUGAUCUUACGGGCGGAGGCUCUCCACUUGGAAGUAUUGUUUUGUGGAGAAUUAUAUUUGAAUCAUCUCUAAUUAAUCUUCGGUUGGAUUGUAUAUGUGAGAACUUCUGUGAAACAGUUAAACUCGGGCUCAGACCAUUUGACACUGCCACUAGCGAUCAACUGGAUCAAAUUAGGCUGUCGAUUGAUGAACUAUUGACAGUUGGGAAAAGCGUCCUAGUUGAAUUUAUAGCCAUGCACAAAACGGUGGCAGAAGUUUCUUUUAUUUUAGGAGAUGCUUUCACGACUGGAGGGGAGCUUUCGGGUGAUGUUAGGCGACUUGGAACUUCAAGCAGGAAUGUUGACCAAUUCUUGAUGGAUUUCGAUCCCAAUGAUUUCCCUUGGGAUAAACACGUUGUUCAUGAUUAUUUUAAGAUUAACGUGGACGACCCUAAGACGAGGGAAUGGAUGAAAGCUAAUCCAAAUUAUGGAGAGUAUGUCGGUCGUGGUUUAUGCUACUAAUACGAGUUUAUGGAGAUCCUAAUGACUCUCAUGUUUUAGCUGUCUUCCCUCUUGAAAAUUAUACUGUAGUGCUUCUGCAAAAUGUGCAUAUUGUCUGUCAUGGAGUUUAGUUAUCUUUUUUAGACGAGACAUUAAAAACUGUUACUUUUUUUUUAUGGUGCUCAUAAUGAUGGUUUAUAUAUUCAUGGAGAAUUCA